GGAGGAGCCGUUGUGAAGAUAACACCGAAAGAAGACAGCUUGCACUAGUUCUUUUCUCAGGGUUAGACAAAAGUCUCAUUUUCUCUCCGUUCACGAUGCAGUUUUAUGGAGCUCUGAUCCUGUUUAUGACUCUGUCUGCAGCAUGUGGAUUGACUUGCUACCAAUGUCAAGGCAAGAACUGCGCAGACAAGCUAACUUGUCCUACUGGCUUUGACCGUUGUUCCACCACUGAAUUGAACGGUGUCAUUGUGAAAAGCUGCAUGAAGAGUGAACUAUGUGUCAGCCUCAUAAAGUGCUGUGAGAGCGACUUGUGUAACAGCGCCGUACCCACUGGUUCCAGUGUCCUCCUCCUGCUGGUUUCCUCAGCCAUCAUCACACUCUUUCUCUGAGGCUCUGGAGCAGCUACAGCUUAAGAAUACUUCUCUUAGUUAUUACAACUCAAGAAGAAUAACCACAUUUUCAAGAUGUAAAAGCUAUGAAUGACUGCAGAUCAAUGUUUGUUGAAUAAAAACACAAUAUGAAAAACACCA